CCUUUCUCCACUUCCAUCCAGUCUCUCUGCACAUGCGCACUGAGCUUUGUUUGAGUUGAGCCUCAUGAGGAGCCGCAGAGAAACAAAGUAAAAACAAUACAGUAAUUAAGUCAGAAUAAAGAGGAUCUUGAUCCGGAGCAGCGAUGGACCUGCUUGAGCGGCCGAUUGACGAGGAGGACCAGGAAAUGACGGACUGUCACCAUGACAACGGAGACGGCACCAACCUCAACAACAACAACAACAGACGCAAAAUGGUUUGCCCCGCAGCAGGUGAACACCCCCUCCAGUUUAACUACAGCUUCUGGUUCAGCAGACGAACUCCCAGCAGGCCUUCGAGCUCCACGAGCUACGAGCAGAACAUCCGCCACAUUGGGAGCGUGUCCUCGGUGGAGCAGUUCUGGAGAUUCUACUCUCACCUGGUUCGACCUGGAGAUCUGAGCGGCCACAGCGACUUCCACCUGUUCAAGGAGGGUAUCAAACCCAUGUGGGAGGACGACUGUAACCGCGGAGGGGGGGGGGGGGGAUUG